AGAGAAUUACCGCAUAUAUUUACUUGAAAAUUUUGUCAUAUUGUGCUGUUAUUUAUUUCAAGUACAGUUACAGAUCAUAGCAAUUUUUAAAAUUAUUAUUCGAAUUUCGCAAUUAAAUCGAUUACUUAUAAUAUACACACAUAUUUAUAAAUUUAUGGAUUCCGAAAGUUCAGCAGAAUUUCCAUAUCCUGAUCUUCUGGAACGUUGCAGAUCUGCACUUUCAAAUUCAUACUGUCCUUACAGUAAAUUUUCUGUUGCUGCAACUGUACUUACUGAUGAUGGUCGAAUUUUUACAGGUGUGAAUGUGGAAAAUGCAUCUUAUGGCUUAACAAUAUGUGCUGAGAGAUCAGCCAUCUGUUCUGCAGUUUCCGGAGGAUGUCGAAAUUUCAAGGUUAUAGUUAUAGCAACUGGUGCUGUUAGUGAUGACUGUAUUGGACCUUGUGGAGCUUGUCGCCAGUUUUUAGCUGAAUUUGGAACAGAGUGGGAUGUUUACUUUACACGUAAGGAUGGAAGCUACAAAAAAUGCACAGUAGGUGAAUUACUCCCUCAUGCCUUUGUUCCAGAAUCUCUGAACAGAAGUGGGAAUGCUUAUAUUUCAUAAUAUAUAUAUAUAUGUAUGUGUUUUUUUAAGAAUACAUAUUUUACAUGGAAAAUGAAAGUUAAAUGAUAAGUGCAUUAGCUUAACUAUUCUCUUUAUUUAUUUCUUAAAUAUUAUCAAAGAUAUCUAUUUUUGAAUAUAAAUAUUUGCCACUGAAAAAUGGAUGGUACAUUUAGUGAACAUUUAUUUAUAAUAGCAGAAUUAUUUCUGAGUUAUACUUAUUCUUUGUGAUAUAUUUAUUUUUUAUUAAAAAUGAAUCAUGCCACAUAAUUGUACAAAUUCUUUUAUUUUACAUCAUUAUGUACAGGCAUUUAAAAUUUUUCUUAGACCAAUACAUUUUAUGAAUAUAUAUGUACAUCUUCAUGCCAAGAUCACCAGAAUGGACACCUAGAAAGAAAAUAUCUUUUAAAUUAAAUUUUUAUUUAUUAAUUGUUA